UACUCUGGUGAGCAGGCUAGACGCAAAGAAAAAGAGAAAAUGGAUGAAGAAAGUGAUUCAUCUGGUAGCGACAGUGAUGGCGACUUCAUACACCCACACGAACGAGCUGCUAGAAGACUACAACGGGCUAAAAACAGAGGUGAACCAAUUCAGACGAACCCCCCGGUAGCAUUCGUAUAUCAGGUGCUCUGGAGAAUGUACCGAUCCCAGUGCGAGCCCCACGUAGUAUGAACCUGAUGAAGGCCAGAGUUCAGUUAAGGGGCAGUGGGUGGCAAGGAGGCAGCAGCAGCAAUGUGCUUUCCAGGGCUGACCACAAUGAAGGAAUGUCACCAGAAGGAAGGUUUGUCUGUCGAGGUUCGCAGGGACAUACUCUGUCAGAUGAACUAACGGCAAUUCAGCAAAGGGCAAAAGAAGACAUUGAACGUGUUGCAGGCACACGAGGCCUCGGAGGUGUGUUGCUUAGGCUACUUGCAUCCAACCAAGUUGUCUCCAAUUAUAUUGAUGAGCUAGCUGACAAGGGCAGGGACGAGCGGUUAAUGAACCUAGCUACAUCAGCUUUAAACUUGGUCAACCGUGCUGUUGACAAUUCGGAGUUGUCUGAGGGAAUCUUCGAAGAAUCUACAAAUCUGCUGUCAGGAUUUGGCUUGGGUGGAAACAGUGGAGGGCCCUCAACUCCAGUGAAUGAACACGGCAAUGGCGGCCCGGGGGUACCUGGCAACAAUGAGAUUGACAACAUUGAUUGGGAUGAUCUUGAGAAAGAAAGCCCACCAGUUGCAACACAGGAACUGAUUGAUAGUGACAAACUCUUAGCUAGGAACAUGGAAGCUAUGUUCAAUGAAGCAAGUACAUAUCCCAUUCUGAUGAAGUAGAAUGAAAUCGGAGAAAUAUCUCGUGGGGAGUGAAGUGGCAGUGAUUGGCUCAUCCAAUGUGGCAGCAGGAGGUGAGAACAUGGAGCAGUAGGUUGCAUCUCCUGUGGGGCAGGACACGGUUGAUGAAGACCACAUAAAUUACCUGCUAUCAUGUAUGAACACUUGCAUCCGAUGGAUUGCAUGGAUUGGAGGUAUGUUG